GUGACAGAUGGAAAAACGAGACGAUUUUUAAAGUGCAAAUGCUCUGAAAAGAUCUCGUUGACAGUACUUUUACCGAACUUAGGUACACAAAUAAAAGUAUGUACAAUUUACGGAAAAUGUGACGGAAUGGAGAGUGACGAAAUGUUACAUAAUAGGCGAAAAUUUCAUCCAAGUUCAUGGGAUGGUCGGGUGAAUUUCAUGCCUUGUUGGCGGGUUCAUGAAGGAAUGUUAUUGUUAAUAGUAAUGGUUGAAGAAAAUUGGUACGAAUCUAUUCGAGGCUUUUUAGUUGACAUCACAGGUGUCUUAUACAAUAGCGGUGGAAUUGCCAUUGAUGGAUCCAUUUUAGCUGUUAACAGACUUUAUAGUGAGUCCAAUGUGCGUUUUGUGAGUAAUGAAAGUUCAUCAACGAGGGAAGGAAUUUGUACAAUGCUUCGUAAACUUGGGUUUGAAUCUAUUCAACCGGAUCAUAUUUUUACUCCUGCACCUGUUGCCGCAAAAUAUUUAACCAAACAUGGGUUGUCACCUCAUCUUCUUGUCCACAACAGUUAA